AUGGGCAGUAACGACAAUCAAAGCGAGGAUAACGGACAUGAAGAGAUAGAUGUGCCCAUUGCUUUGCAGCGUAUUCUAAGCCUUCCCAUAGAUGGGCCGCCCGAUGAAAAGCACUAUAGAGAUAGAACAGCAUUAUACCAACGGAAGAGUCGACAGUAUCGAAACAUGCCUACUGAUGUGGAUCCUCCAAACUCUGAACAUAAUGUUCAUGCCAUGAUACACGAAUGUUUGCCUCGACGAGCUUCUGCUGAAGGUGGGUCGGUUAAUACAGCGCACUAUGAUAUGCACCUCUUAGACAAGACGAAGUCAUCGUCGGCAGACUCGUUGAAUGUGAUAUUGGACAGACAGAGGAAAACCCAAUUGAAUCACCCGUUGCAUCAAGAGCUGAUUAUUGGUCAUGCCGAUAAGAAUGGUUCCAGAGUUAAAGAAACCAAUAGGAUCUCUUUGACAUACGAUCCUGUCUCGAAACGGAAAGUCUUGAAUACCUAUGAGAUAAUUAGGGAAUUGGGUCAUGGGCAACACGGGAAAGUUAAAUUGGCGAAGGAUAUAAAUACAGAAGAGUUUGUGGCUGUGAAGAUAGUGGACAGGCACGAGAAAAGGAAAUUUCCUAACUUCUUUAAGAAAAUAAUAGAAAACGACAAGAUUAAGAAGGAGAUUGCAAUCAUGAAGAAGCUGAAUCAUAAACACGUAGUAAGACUCAUUGAAGUUUUGGACGAUUUAAAAUCAAGAAAAAUUUAUCUGGUCUUAGAAUACUGUUUGAGAGGUGAAAUAAAAUGGUACAACGAUUCAAAGUGCAUGGAGAUGGACGCAAAGGGCCCUCCUAUACUAGACUUUCAACAUAUCCGUAAAAUUAUUCGAGGCGUUGUUCUCGGACUAGAAUAUUUGCAUUAUCAAGGCAUUAUACACAGGGAUAUAAAACCGGCCAAUCUUUUGAUCUCAGAGGAUGGUACUGUUAAAAUCUCUGAUUUUGGUGUUUCUUUGGUUUCAACUAGCAUAAUGAGGAGAAGUAGCAGCAUUUCGUCAAACAGUACUUAUUUACCAGAAUCAGAUAAUAGCGAGGGAUCUGACACGUUGGAUGAAGUCGAGCUUGCCAAAACUGCAGGGACACCGGCCUUUUUUGCACCGGAAAUCUGUUUAGGAGAGGACGUGUUUAAAAAAUACAAUUUCAAUAAAAGUGAACUGUUCAAGGGUUCGUGUAUCUCCUUGAUGAUUGAUAUCUGGGCACUGGGAGUUACAGUUUACUGUCUGUUUUUCGGUAUGCUACCCUUCAGGUCGAACUUCGAAUUGGAACUAUUCGAAAAGAUUACAAACGAUGCUGUCGUAUAUCCAUCCUACGAGGAAAUGCAGUGCAACGGUGUUUCGAAAAUAUCAUGUAAACAGGAAUACGAUAUGGCUAUGGAUUUACUGUCUAAUCUGCUGGAGAAAAACCCAUCGAAAAGAAUUCGUAUUGUAGAUGUCAAGCACCAUCCCUUCAUUUGCUGGGAUUUCGACCAUGUUCCCGAAAAGGACAAAGCCAUGCUUAUGCAUAAAAAACUUGAGAAGGAAUCUUUUGAAAAAAAUCAAGAGGAUCUAGAAGAACCCAUUUCAGUGACUGUUCAUGAUCUUAAGAAUGCGGUAUCCGGUAUUGGUAAAAAAAUCAAAGAAUCAUUACUGAACAAAAAUCCUUUACAACUCUACGAUAACAUCACCUCGUCUACUAGCUCUUUGAAUAAGAAAAAUCCAAGGAUAACCCCCUUUAAAAAAAUAGCAGAGGAGGGGGACAGGGAUCUUAGUAUUUUACUAAGUGAGGGUUCUGUGAUGAGCAGUAUACAAUCCCAACCUAAUCAUAUACUUAUGGAUUCCACUGACUGUUGUCCUGUGUCAUCCACAACAUUAUCAUACUUGGAACGCCAGCGCCGAAACCGGAGUACUCUUGAAGACGAAACGGGUGCAAAAUCCCCUCUCCGGCAGUCAGUGAAGUAUCCAAAUUCAGACAACGAAAUCGUCGAUCAGUAUCACUCUGCUCCAACUGAUACUUGUAACAUGGUAAGUUUGCCAAUCAACUCUUCCUUUGCAUCGCUCGACUCUUUCUAUAUUGACAAUUAUGCCUUGAACAGAAGCGAACGGCCUUCCCAUUCAUCAUCACACAUGAACCGAACUAAUCGUUCGAUAUCUUCCAAUUUCAGACUCAACCAAUCUUCCAACGCAUCAUCGCAUGGAAUGCAAUUUUAUAAUUCCACGUCAUCACAUAUGGGUACUCCAAUUCCCCAAAGUUCCACGCCACGAUUAUCAAACAAGGUAUCUCCUUCUUAUACCCAACGCUCUGAGAGAUCAGGCAAACGCUCCGCGCACAACGCACAGUCCAAUAAAGAUGUUCCAACAAGACCAGAAAUUCCGCGAACUGGAAUACGGCGUGGCAAUUUCAUAAGUGCAUUACAAGGCUCAGAUUCAUCAGACUAUUCUUCGUCAUCUUCAUAUUCCUCUUCUUCUUCAUGUGAUGAAGAUAAUGAUGUUGAUGCCGAUGGUAGCUCACUAAAUCAUUCCUUAUCAUCUUCAGCUUCAUUGCCCUUUGAAUUUGUAGCAACCCCUGAUAGAAGAAGCAGUAUUGUAUCACUGGAAUAUUCAAAAGUAUAA